AACCCGGAGUCAUUAGGCGCCGUACCUAAAACGUGUGUGUUGACAAUCAUCGUGGAAAUUGACAGUUAUUUUUUUCCCCCACGAAUAUAAACUAUUUUAACGUUGUAACCUGUUAUUUAAAAGGAGCAAACCCGCUCUGACGUUACCGACGCUCCACCAUGAAGAUUAAACGACAGAAACAAGCCAAGAAAACGAUUAGCUUCUACAAAUACAACUUCAACUUCAGGGAGCCGUUUCAGCUCCUGAUCGACGGAACCUUCUGUCAGGCGGCGCUGAAGAACAAGAUUCAGAUUAAAGAGCAGAUGCCGAAGUACCUGAUGGGGGAGGUGCAGCUGUGCACCACAAACUGUGCCCUGAAGGAACUGGAGACUCUCGGUCAACAGCUGUACGGAGCCAAACUCAUCCUGCAGAGAUUUCAGGUCAGGAAAUGUGCCCAUUUCAAGAACCCCGUUCCUGCUUCAGAGUGUCUUCUGUCCAUGCUGGGGGACACAAAUCCACACCACUACUUUGUGGCCACGCAGGACCGCACAGUGACAGCCAGUGUGAAGAAGAUCCCCGGUGUCCCUCUCCUCUACAUCAUCCUCAACACGAUUGUGCUGGACAAACCCAGCCAGGCGUCUCUCGACCACAUCCAGGCCGUCCAGCUGGGAGAGCUGGUGACCCCCACCCAGCAGCAGAGCAUCCGCAAUUUAAAGGAGGAGCAGGGCAUCAGCCGCAAGGACGGAGAGAGACGGGGAAAGAAGAGGAAGAGGAAGCAGAGCCACCCCAACCCUCUGAGCUGCUUAAAGAAGAAAAAGAAAGGACUGCCAACACCGCCGCUGAAGAAGGCCGAGCCCGGAGAAAAGAGGAAGAGAAGUAGACACAAGAGACGAAAGACAGAGGGAGGAGGCAAUAUGACGGCUCCUGCAGUUUCAACCUCUUAGUGACAAAAAAGACACGGACUAAUCUAAAUUCAAAACAACACAUUUAUUCCUGAUUUAUUUUCCAGUUUCAAUUCAGACAAUAAGAGUUUGCUGUUUGAAACACUGUUUAUAGUUUGUUUUAUUUUGAAAAAUCUUUUCACUUACAAGACUUAAAGUGCUCCGAGGCGUCCGCUUCAGCAUGGAGAGGAUCUGUCUUUGCUUUUAUACAAAACAAAACUUCAGGUUUAUGGUUAAAACACACGAUGGAUGCUGCAGCCCUGCCGUUGUGCUUAAUGGUUCAAGUCGGCCUUCGCUUGAUUUUCUUUAGAGUCAGCUGUUUCUGACGUUUGAUAUUACCGCACCUCACAACAACAAAUGAACACGACUGCAAUAAAAUUAGCGUGACGA